AUGUCAUUCCCAUGGCAGGGAAAUGCUAUUGACGAUUACUUUAUCAGUGUCACACUUGAACAUCAGAUUCCAAAGGGAUUUGAGGGUAGGUUCUUUACGAGGAACAUAUUUACAAUGCGUUUUCCACAUGUUACGGAGGAGGCAUAUGGAGUGUCUGUUCGACCAGAUAGCGACACGUUUACACUGCGUCUUCCAGAUGAUUGGUACAAUGACUUUUGUGGGUUCUUAAUAUGCAUUGUUACUAAUUUCGGACGUCCGCAUAUUGAUAUAAUCAUCAAGCAAAAAGGCGUAGAUGAAGAAGAUUCUGGAUUUGAGGUUUGGCAGGAGUCUAACACAGCACCGGAACCUGAAUAUAAUGGAGAACCAAAGACACACGUGGGAUAUGUUUCCUUUAGUUUAUUGCGGCACACAACACCGUUGAAUUCAUCAUACAAUAUUAUUUCAUUUUACAUACACGAUACGUAUUGGACUUCAUUUGCAGCCGAGCUCGUUCCUAGGAGAAAUAAAGAUGAUCUGGUGCAAACACCGAAAGUCGCAACAGAUUCUUCAGAAUUUUGGGAUGAGGAACGCGAUUUUAUAGAACCAUCAUUUAAGAUUAAACAUGAUUCAAAGUCUUGUAUCAAAAUUUUAUGGAGAGCUUAG